GUCGACUUUUCCGGCCAUUCAAUAUUAGCUUAUCUCCCCGAAGCCAAGCACACCCUGUUCGAGUCCCUCAAACGAAGAGCUGGUAGCUCAGAGGCGGCAGUGGCAGGCUUGUCCUCUUUUCGUCAACUGACAUCUGUUCGUCUUGUCAGGGUCUCCGCUUCCUGCCUAGCGCAUCGCGCGCUCUCAUUCAGUGACCAUGACGGACCUUGACGGAACGAAGAAAAACUGGAUCGCCUAAAGGAUAACGUGCAUAUGUAUCUGGUACCACUUAGGUACGGCACCCACACAGAGUCCCCAGUACCUAAUCGGUACGCGCAGAAGAACAAGAGGUGAGGUGGCGGGGACACUACGACUAACAGCAGCCGAUGUUUAUGUGCGACAUGCUCAGCGGAGCCUUUGCCCCCAGUGGCUCCCUAAGGCCAGCCAGGCCUAACCUACCUGUACCCUUCCUUACCCACUGCCAGCUGUCAUCCAAGAUACGCCAAAACGCACGACAGCUGUGCAGCUUUUUGCUUGUCUUGUCUCUUGUGUGGGCUUGCCGUCGGCUCCAGGCUGGUGAUGGAGCUGGAGCUGGAGCUGGAGCUGGAGCUGGAGCUGGAGCUCUUGAGUUGUACAAACGCACGAACGAAUGCGGCUACGCUGUCGACAUACGCUGCAUUGAGCUUAUCCGGUGUCCUUUGGUGUCCACCAGGGGCAAAGUCCUAUCAAGUACUGCACUUCACUUCGCAAAAGGGAACAUCUGUCGAGCGCUCCUCCACCUGUUUGGGCGAGAGCAGCUGUCAAAGACGCGGGGCAUUGGAUACCUACUAAGAGGUAUCGCAACUGUCUACAGCAGGUACUCUGUACCUGUGGACUCCGUUCCUGAGCAGCGCUGGUCGCCCUGUCCCUGCACGUCAAGUUGUCUUCUUUUCUUCGCGGCGAAACACGCGCGCGACCCUGAAGAGUUACUGUGCAUCGCCGCGGUCUCGAAAUGGAAUUGCCGAGGGUUUAGGCUUUCACAGUUGCCCAAAAGGCAACAGUGGUGGACUGACAGAGUUUCCACGAUACAUCGGAAGCAGCGAGGACAGCCUGCGAAAGGAAAGUUGGACUCUUGUUCCGUAUGCAACAAAGUUUUGGUAUUAUUAGGCACUGCAUCAUCAUCGUCAUUGAUCUCUAUCUCUCACAGAUCUCGGUGCUUGACCCUGCAGAAACUCUGAGUGCACGGUGGACUGAUUGACUGGUGCACGGCUCAUGAUGGUACACUGUCUUUACACUGCCUUUCUUCAGAGCCCUUUGGAGCUAUACCAGUUCCUAUCGCUGAAGGGGGGAGACGACAGGACCGGAUCUUUUUCCACCAAAGUCAGUCAAGUCAAACAAGUCAAACGCGGCCGUCGAAAAAGUCUUGUCGCGGCCGUCAACCCACACAACCUUUCUUCACGUACUACUACUGUACUCACCACUUGUUCGAACACCUUUUUGUGGGUGGCCACCACUUCACUUCCACUUUCAGUCGCAGACGUGGUCGAUCAGUCUGGGCUGUGCUGUCGUGAGUCCGAGCUCCCUUCCCUCUGCUCAUCCCGCCCACAUUGGCACACCUUCUCCUCCCUACUCCUCUUCAUGUUCUCCAUCAGCACUAAAACACACAGACACCCAGAAAGCGUGUCCUGCCAGUGUCGCUGUCGCUGUCGCCUGUCUGUCUUGUGUAUCGGCCGUCUGUCGGUGUCUCGGCUGUCUGCGCGCGGGAAAUUGCACGUCCAGGCGCACAGAUCAAGAAUGGUCCCCAACACAGUUCAAAACGCGCUCAAGGGGGGCCCUGGGGGUGCCCGGUCCAGCGCGUUUGUUGCUCAGUGCACACGGGAGGGAACUGCCUCAGCCCUGAGUCCAAGGCCCUCCGAUCCCUCCCCUCUCCCCUCUUGGUUGUCUUGGCCUUACCUUGCCAGUGGACUGAGAACUGGAAAGGAGGACAUUGAAACGCUUGGUCAGAGCUUUCUUGCCAACUUGCACCGCUCCGCCACCGCGGCCGUUCCUCCCGUCCCCAGGCUCCAGUCAGUCCCAACGGGUGAGGUGGCAAUGUUUUGCCUUGAAAGCAACUCUACGCGUUGUUUGCGUGUCUUCCUGUUCCCGAUGGUGCUGAACGAUUGCACGAUGUCAGCUGAUGGGCCUUUCCGUCUUUUUCGCCACAGGAUCAACCGGAAGGUCGAGGCAGAGCCAUUCCAUCCCUUGUAUGGAUUGAUCGAGAUUGCUGAUUUCACAGACGAGAUUGCAAUUGCACUCCUGGCGGCAAAUGCAAACACAGGUAGGUAGGCUGUGUGUUGUGAAAACUCGACUCGAGGCUUUCUCUUCUAGAUUUGCGGCUUUGCGACAUGAUGUACCUAUGUACAAGAAAGGUCAAUCGUUACUAUGGCCCUCUUUUCCU